UACGUUGAAAAUUUGAAAGUGUUCGGUAAAGAGAAAUGCGUGCGAUAUUUGCGGGAUCGAUCGGCAAUUUUUAAGUGCAGCCGAAUUUAAAAACAUUUCGGAAGGCGAUUUCCAGCCACCCCAGUUUUACGUUAUAAUCUUUUCUCGGCACAGCCCUUGUUGGCAUUUGUUUACCGUGUACAGUCCGAGCCAUCAAACUGUUUGAAUAAACCUUUGCACAUGCCUUUUUCACAUUCGGAUCUGCGUUGCGUUUCGCAGUGGCAACGACGGAUUUAAUUUUAUUUCUACCUAAUUUGGACUUGUUUUAUUUGGUCGAAGGCACAGAAACUCGCUUUGUUUGUCCGCGAGGGGCUUUUUUGCUUGAUUUUGUUAUUCGGUUUGCCUCAAGGCCCGCGUAAAUGUUUAUACCGUCGACUGUACCAAGCCGGCACAAAUUGCAAAUGGCGGGGAUCUAUAUAUAAAUAUUAUAUUUAGAUUUGUUGCAACAUUUUAGUUUAACGGAAAAAUUACGGUUUCUCGGUGUUUUUUAAGUGUGCAGUGAUCAGUUUUUUACCAAAAACCAAUUUGGCAGGCCAUACUCAGAUAAAGAUCCGUCUAGUUCAUUAGUUUUUUGUGAAUAUCACUUGUUUGCCGCCUAUCAGUUUUUAAGAAAAGGUGCAUUCAACUGAGGCAUGGAGACCGCGAGUCCACAACAGUUUUGUGUAAGGUGGAACAGUUACCCAUCGAAUUUGCAGUCAGCAUUUCCGAAACUUCUUCUAUCGGGCCACUUCGUAGAUGUAACUCUAGCCUGCGAAAGCAGCAUGCUAAAAUGCCACAAAGUAGUAUUAUCGGCGUGUUCCACGUAUUUCGAAAAGUUACUUCUGACCAUCCCCUGCAAGCACCCGAUUAUCUAUUUAAAGGAUAUGAAGUUCCAAGAAAUGCAAUCGUUGGUGGAUUUUAUGUACAAAGGCGAAGUGAACGUGGCUCAGGACGAUCUUCCAUCGCUGUUGAAAUCCGCCGAAAGCUUGCAAAUUCGCGGCUUGAGUGGAAACGAUCAACUGUUGCAACCCCCCUAUUUUAGUCCCAGUAAAAGUUCCAAUAUCAAUACGUCGACACCGCAAAACCCGGUUCGAGCAGCCGUGCCAUCUGCUUCUUCUUCGACGCACAAAGACAACCAGCCUCUUCCAAGUCAAGUAACCAUGCCCAAAAGCGAAGGCGUCGUGAAGAAAGAAGUAAAUGCUGCUGCUGUGGAUGUGAGUUCGGAAUGUGGCGGGGCUCCAUCUUCAUCUGAGUGUGACAGUAACGAUGGCAUGUUGCAAAUUAAAGAAGAUUUAGAAGAAGGAGAGGAAGAAAGUUAUUUCGAAGGAGAUGGCGAGUCUUUGAUGGAUCAGGAGCUAAUGGAGGAAGAUGGCCCGGUGAAUACGGGGGAUUUGUCUCAGACUGCUGAUAGUUUUGCUAUUGCCAAUGUUUCUUGCCAGUACGAUGGAUCAUCAGGACAAAACAUGAAUUCAGUUAAUAAACGAAUAAGACGUUCCGAUGAGGAACUGCGGCGAGCAGCUGAAUGUAUAACCAGAGGCCAAACGUUCCAGACUGUAUCCGAUCAAUUCAAUAUACCAAUUUCAACCAUCAGGUUCUACAUGGCGCGAAAGGGUAUUCUUCCUCGGAGAAAACGUGGACGGUCUUGCGCCCCAUCAAUGGGAAUGGCGCCCUUGCCCGUAAUGGCUUCUUACGGUUCUCCCAGUAGUCCGGUUGGACCUCCUUAUCACAUCGUUCACUAUAAGCUUCCACAAUUGGGCGUUCAAAAACUUAAAUAGGGAUACGUUAUCGUAAGGUUGAACAAGAAAUGAGCACGAUGUACAGUACAGGUAGCAUAGACUUUAAGAGGUAGUUUUAUGGGGUUUCAGCGCUUUGGGGAAGUGUGUCUUACAAAAGGCAUCAUUUACGGUUCCAAAAGUUUAUAUUUCUGGAAUAAAUUAAAGUUCUAAUUAGGUUGUUGGAAAGAUAAGAGGGGCAGGAAGAAAUUUUACAUUUUACCAUUAUUGAAUUGGAGACAUCUGAGAGUUGGGCUCAAAUGAAUAUUUCAUUUAAAAUUGUUUCCUAUUGUCUGUCUUUUCCAUUUUGUAAUUGAUACUAUUUACUUCUUCUACUUACUGCUACUUACUAUUACUCUACUUAUGGUAUUUCGCAUAUUCGUUAAAAGCUUUAAAAUUUUGCUUGAUUUACAAAAUCAACUUUGAAAACAGUGCUUCUUAAAGCGUACUAAAAAAAUAGACAAACACUUCUCAUUUUUUUAACUUUUGAUCAAUAAAUACAUUUUUCCUUUCAUUUAAUUUUCAGUUUUGAAGAUAGCUCUAAUAUUGCAUUGGUUAGCUACUCGUUUAAUUCUAUCUGAAAGUGAAAUCCCCGUAAUAAAUGGAAUUAAAAGGGUAAUGGGUUAAUUUUGAUUUGGCUUUAAUGUUGCAUUUUCAAUUUCAAUCAUUUCUCAAUAGAAAUAUGAUAAUGAAUAAAAUUUAAAAAGCUCUUUUUAAGAAUUGUUGGGUUGGGUGUCUUGAAAAAUUGGGUGAUUUGAGCUAAAAUUCAAAACGAGUAGGUUUUUUUGUAUACAAAAGUUUCGAAAUUGCCCAAAUUUUGUUUUGUCCUUUUU